GAAGUUAAAAAAAGCAGCAGCAGCAGCAGCAUGUUGCCUACGGCUGAGUAUCGUACUUGAGCUGCCUGGUGAGAAGGGCCGUGCCCAGUAGAGGCGUACCAAAACCUGUGGUCAUUUUGUGUUACUCCAGAACAGCUGUCUUGAAUUUUAUAUCAGCCACAAAGGAGGCAAGAUGAGGUAUUCAAAACAGCUACUAAGUGAUACAAAAAGGUGCAGAUCACAAUGCCAACAGAAGAGCCAGCAGGUUUUAGCAUCACCGGCAAAGACAGUGAAACCAUACAGCUGUGACCAGUGUGGGAAAGCUUACUGCCACCCGUCAGGCCUGAAGUUACACAAACGUGUUCACAUGGGAAAGAAUCUGCACCUCUGUGACCAGUGUGGGAAAGGUUUUGGCCAGUCGGCUCAUCUAAAAGCGCACCAGCUCAUCCACAGUGGGGAUAAACCGCACAAAUGUGAGAAGUGUGGUAGAGCGUUCACCAAGCGGUGUGACUUAAUACGGCACUACCUCAUCCACAGUGGAGAAAAACCGUACACGUGUGACCAGUGUGGGACGUGUUUCAACCAUCCGUCUCACCUCAGAUCACACCAGCGGACCCACAGCGGGGCUACGCCUUACAGCUGCGACCAGUGCCAGAAGAGUUUCCGGUGGCAGAGUUCAUACGUACGGCACAAACGUAUCCACAGUGGUGACAAACCGUACCAGUGCCCACACUGCCCAAAAAGCUUUAUUUCUUCAUCCAAGCUGUCACGGCACGAGCGCACCCACAGCGGGAAGAAAGUGUACUGGUGCGGAGAGUGUAAUAAAAGCUUCACCAAUUUAUCUCAUUGGAAAAGACAGAGGACUUCCAAACUGAAGAAGACGUGUUCUGCUGACUGCAUGGUCAAACUGUCUUACUGUAGCAGGCAGGAAUCUGUGGUCAUCACUAGGUUGAGAUUAGGGUAUUGUGGGCUGAGGAGUGGGCUGGUUCUGACAGGCAAACAGCCAGAUGGAAAGUUAAGAGAAGAAGAAGAAGUAGUAGUAGUAGUAGUAGUAGUAGUAGUAGUAGUAGUAGUAGUAGUAGUAGUUCGACCAGUCGGACCUUUGAUACGGACGGAACAAUCGGACGUGCUGCGUUUCAUGAAAAUGUCCGUCGUUGGUUCAAAGAUGGUUUUAGAGAUCCUGUCCAUGAACAUCACAAACAGGAUUAGUGACAAGGGGCAGCCCUGGUGGAGUCCAACAUGUGGUCACAGCUCAGGCUUUCUCAGGGGAUUAAAUGAACAGAACACCACAAAUGAAGACAGACUUCAACCCUGUGCCCAGAGUAAUGAGUUGCACCCGAAACCAGGAAAGACUAACAAACAGUACAAGUGUUACCAGUGUCGGAAACUUUUCAGCCGGCUAGCUCAUCUGACACAACACCAACGUAUCCACGAUGAGGAAAAACCACUCACCUGUGAUCAGUGUGGGAUCACAUUCAGGUGGUCACGGAGCCUGAAAAGACAUCAACUCAUCCACAGUGGAGAGAAACCACACAGCUGUGACCAGUGUCGGAGAUCUUUCAGCCAGUUAUCAACCCUACAAAAGCACCAACUUAUCCACAGUGGUGAAAAACCAUAUGCUUGUGACCAGUGUGGGAGGGCUUUUAGUCAGUCAUCUAAUCUAAAACAACACCAACGUACCCACAGUGGAGAUAAACCGUAUACCUGUGACCAGUGUGGGAAAUCUUUCAGCCAGUUAUCAAACCUGCAAACACACCAACUCAUCCACAGUGGUGAUAAACCGUACGCCUGUGACCAGUGUGGGAAAUUUUUCAGUCAGUCACAUAGCCUCAGGACACACCAACUCACCCAUAGUGGAGAGAAACCACACGUCUGUGAACAGUGCGGCAGAGCUUAUCGUCAGUCACACAGCUUGAGGACACACCAACUCAUCCACAGUGGUGAAAAACGCCACACCUGUGACCGGUGUGGCAGGGCUUUCAGUCAGUCAACAAGUCUAAAACUACAUCAACGUACCCACAGUGGAGAGAAACCGUAUACCUGUGACCAAUGUGGGAAAUCUUUCAGCCAGUUAUCUAACCUACACCAACACCAACGCAUCCACAGUGGAGAGAAACCAUACACCUGUGACCAGUGUGGGAAAUCUUUCACUCAUUCACACAGCCUAAGGACACACCAGCUCGCCCACCGCGGAGACAAACCAUACAUCUGUGACCAGUGUGGAAGGGCUUUCAGCCGAUCAUCAACCUUAAAAACACACCAACUUAUCCACGGUGAAAAUAAAGUUUAUGCGUGUGGACAUUGUCAGAAGAGUUUCAGUCACAUGUUUUCAUACUUGAGGCACAAGCGGAUCCACACAGGCAACGGACCAUAAUGGUCGAGAUGGUUUAGCAAAGAAUAAGAAGUCCUGUACAGACCCUAUGGCCCAGGGGUGGCCAAGUUCGGUCCUCGAGAGCCACAUUCCUGACACUCUUAGUUGUCUCCCUGCUCCAGCACACCUGAAUCCAAUGAAAGACUCGA